UGAAUUAUCAUAAAAAGAAGGCAUAAUGGAGCAGGGGUAGGUGAAUAGGAAUAGCUGGAUUUCAACGAGCUUUCCGUCCUUUUAUUUCGAUGCCUCUUCUGUAUAUUGCUUUAAAUAUUGUAAGAACUGGAGGAUGCGGUUCAUUUGUUUCUUAAACACUAGAUUAUGCCAUUGGUAUUUGGUGCUAAUGGUGCAGCAGGGCACUUUAUGGCAAUUGAUCGUCGUUAUCUGACGUCCACUUUGGACAAUUCCCACCACAAAAAUCUAAAGCACAAUUUCCUCGCUUCUUUAUCUACAUAUAAUAUACAUACCCAGUUGACGCAAAAGAGGAAAAAGAAAAGACAUGGGUGUUGUAAUCAUUGACGGAUCGACGGUGAGAGCCUUUGUGACUGACGACCAGCAGUUCACGAAGAGCGUGGAUGAGCGUUUCGCAGCUCUUGACCUCAACAACGACGGUGUCCUCUCCAGGUCCGAGCUUCGCAAGGCCUUCGAGUCUCUGCGUCUCCUCGAGUCCCACUUCGGUGUCGACGUCGCCACUCCCCCCGACGAGCUCACUCAGCUUUACAACUCCAUUUUCGAGAGGUUCGAUUGCGAUGGCAGCGGCACCGUUGACCUCCAGGAGUUCAGAUCUGAGAUGAAGAAGAUUCUGCUUGCUAUUGCUGAUGGAUUGGGAUCUUGCCCUAUCCAGAUGGUUCUUGAGGAUGAUGACCAAAGUUUUCUGAAGAAAGCUGCUGAUCUUGAGGCUGCUAAGCUCGAUCCAAACCAUGCUCAAGCCUCUUGAAUGAUGCUCCCAGGUUGCUGAACUUGAAUUUAUGCUUUUGUAUUUUCUUAUCUUUUGCAGCUACUUUAGCUUGUUGGUAUUUGGAUCCAUCCAAGUAUAUAUGAAUAAAAGGGCUAACGCUGCGUUUAGCCCUCGAGCUUUAGGGGAAUGUGAAAUGCGUACUUAAACUUGAAUUUCAUGAUACAUUUCAUCCAACCCUUAAUUCGGUUAGAAGUAUGAACUUAUAUGGGUACGGUUGAGUUGUUGAGAUUCUGAAGGUAUAAGUGUGAUUCCCACUACCAUGUGUUUGGUUUUUCUUUCA